AGCGUAAAACAGAUCUAAUUUUUUUCUCCGUCAUUUUUUCUCCACCAUUUUUUCUCCACUGAAGAACUGAUAUCUAGGUUUUCUCUCGCGUCUUCUCUAUUACCAUCUCGCCUCUUCCCUCCAUCUACUCCAUAUAUUUUCUAUUAUCAUCUCGUCCAUCUCUUCUCUGUUGAGGGAGAGAGUUAUAAGAAAAAUGUGAUGUUUUUACAGAUUAGAUUAAGGUUUGAAUGAGAAUCGAUGAUGGAGAUAAAGAUCGUUAGUAUGAUUUAGAGAAAUGGAAUGGAAUCAGGGAUCGUUGAUGGUCAUGGUGUCGAUCCGUCUGUUGAUUCAAACUCAACAGAAAGGAGUUCUGCCUCCAUUCUUCAGAGGUUGCUCAGAAGAAGAAGCUAACCAUCCAUGGUUGAAAACCCCUCUCAAAAUGGAAAUCGGAAAUGUUAACAGCAAACAUGUCGUCCUGGCUCUCAAGGUCAAAAGUAUCCUGGUACCAUAUCAAGAUGAAAACAAUGACAUCAAAGAUGAUGAAGCGAUCAGAUUGGGUGUUGAUUCAGUUCCAACAACUGAGCCUCCAAAUCCAGAUAGCGAGUGUAUCAAUUUCAAUCUGAUGGUUGAGAUGGUGGAGUUUCAGAUGAAUGACGAGUUUUGGGUUCUCAACAACACGAUUCAACUGAGUUUGUGGCUCUGAGAUCUGAAUUUGAGUAAUGGAUGAAACUACAGAUGUGGGUGUUGAAGAUUGAUAGUUCAGUGAACUAGGGUGGUGUUGAUAUCAGUUUGCAGUUGCAGAUGGAGUAACAAGGUGGAAUGGAAGGUGCAGCUGGAGCUGAAACGAGUCAGAGAACUGAAUUUAUAUAGAAGAAGGGCUCAGAUGGCAUCUCAGAUGAGGAUUGGUCUGUGGUUAUGUUGCAGAAUGUGCUGAGAAUGGUGGUAUUGAACUCAUGGAGGUGGAACUGAAGCUGGUGGUGAUGUGUGUUGGCUCAGGAAUGAAUCUAGAUGUAUGCCUAGGAUUUUACAGGUUAUGAAAUGAACUAGUGAUGAUGCUUGUUGUGUGUUGAGAACAGAGUAGUUGUGGUGAUUAUCAUGGAAGAGCAAGUGUUUGUGCUUUGGAUGUACACAGGUGGUAUGACUGAGAUGGAGAGUGGGAGACGAAGUGCUGAAUGGCUUACGAUUCUGUUGCCGUGGCAAACAACAAGAUGAGGUGCAGCUGUGUUGCAAGGAUUGAGUAAGUAUUGCACUCAAGAGCUAAAUGGGUUUAUGUGGUUAAUUAGCUAGCAUUGCAAGGCUGGAGUGCAGGACAAGUAUUGAAUUCUGCAAGCAAGAGUUGUUGUUGUUGAACUGAAUGUUAGGGUUGGCAGACUAAUGGAAGUUUGUCUGACUGCAGAAUGAACUUGACUGGAAGCUUGUAUGUUGUUAAAGCUGCAACUGAGCUGAAGCUAGAAUUGAAUUGCAGCAGUUGGUGUUUAACUGAUGCCUAAGAAGGCAUGAUAGAGUUGCAGGUGCAGUUGUGUAAAAGUUGGUUUGAGCAGAAGAAGGUAAUCGUGCUGUUACAGCUGAGAGCUGAUGUGGAAUGUGUCUUUGCAGUUGAACAGUAACCCUUAUUAGAUAAAACUCCGCAGAUAACAUGUGUGCGUGCAUCCUUGGAUUCGUAUUGAUAAACUUCUGUCUGUUCUUCUUUUUCAUUAGAUUUCAAUGACAUGAUGCAAGUGUGAAUGAUGCAAGUUUUGAAUAGUAUAAGUUUUUGGUUCAGUGUGAAUGAUGCAAGUUUUGAAAAGCUUUUUAA